AUGAUUCCAUUCCACUCAUCGAUCAGUCUAGAUCUUCUACCUUACUACACAGCGAUACUACUGCACACGUUCACAAUCAUCAUGGUAACCAAGCUAAUAUGCUGUCUAAAACAAAGUCGGGGAAGCGGUGAACAAUCGAAAGGAUGGUGUAUGCGAAGAAAAGACGCGAGCAAAAGCAAGACCUUCGACUCAUGGCAAAGUAGCGUUGCCGAUAUAGCCACAUGCGAAAUUGUCAACCCACCAGCCGGUGACUGCUGCAUGGGCGAUGCUGGUCUGGAGGCAAAAAUUCGUCAUAGAACCUUGACAUGGUAUCCAGAUUUGAAGCUGCAGAAAGUUUCGAUUAUUAGGAAGAAUUAUAUGAAAUUCGACCUCUCUUCGCUACCUAACCACCCAGCCCACACCAAUAUAGAAAACGCAAUGACACAAGAAGAGAUGCUAGCAAGAAAAGCUAGAUACAAGGAUAAACACAUCACAUGGGAGUCGGAAUGUCCAGUGUUCAUAGUUUAUGGUUACGAUCCAUGCCGAGGAGAACUCGAUUAUGAUGAGAAUACUAUGGAUGAUUUGAGUUACAAGGAGGCAGAAGAACUUGAGAAAAAUAUUGAUAAGGUGCUUCUGUUACCGCUUUAUACUAACUAA